AUGGAUACACUUUAUGAUGAUUUAAUGAGUCUUUGUUCUCUGGAUGAUACUUUCUAUUACAAAGAUAUUCGUUUAUAUUCAGUCAAAUAUCGUAUAUUCAAUUAUCGUCUCUGUUCUUACGCAACAUUUCAGUCUCGUACAGCAGCCUUGAAUUGUCGUGGAACGAUGUUCAACAUGACGAAUCCGAAAAAUGUACAACUUGUUUCUUUACCACUAGAGAAAUUUUUUAAUUAUGAAGAAGGUUUUGGUCAAAAACAAUAUCAUGAACGUGGUCGAUUAGGGGACAAAAUGGAGAAAAUGGAUGGCACAUUGAUAUCAACAUUUUUACAUGGAACAGCUUCGAAAGAACUUCGACUCAAAUCAAAACAAUCAUUGACAUCAAAGCAAGUUGUGGAAGCGAUGCAACUACUUGUUGAUGACUUUAAAACCGAACUCGAAAAAUUGGUUCGUCUCAACUAUACAGUCGAUAUGGAAUAUACAUCGCCUUCCAAUCAUGUUUUCGUUUCCUAUCCACAAGCUCAACUCACUGUUCUAUCUAUUCGAUCACAUACCGACGGUCACACUUUGUUCGGUACUCAAUUGAAAAAAUUUCUUCUUGAAAAUCAUUUCCCUACAAUUCUCGAUCAUCUCGUUCCCUUUGAAUCCAUUCCACCUGAUGUAACACACAAACAAUUACUCCAAGAUAUUUAUCAACAACCUCAUGGCGAAGGCUAUGUUAUUGAGAUUAUCCAACCAGAUCGACCAUCCUAUCUUGUCAAAAUCAAAACACAAAAAUAUCUUAUGGUUCAUCGCGAUGGUGAAAAUGCGAACUCUCCAAGAUCAUUAUUCGAAGCUAUUAUUAACGAGAAUGCGGAUGAUUUGAAAGCAUUGUUUAAAGAUGAUACAGAAACAUUAAAGAGAAUCGACGAAAUGGAACAAAACAUAAGGCCAAAAUACAAUCGAAUGAUUGAAUCGAUUGAACAAUUUUACCGAACGAACAAACAUUUGUCGAAAAGAGACUUCGGUCGAUCAAUCAAGAUGACAGAAAAUAUGAAGAUUUAUUUACCACUGUUGAUGAGAUUGUAUGCAGGCGAGGAAAAUAAUUAUAAAGGUUUUGCCAUGAAAAAUUCAAAAGAUCUAUUUGGUAUUUAUGGCGAUGGAAAUCAAUCAACAACAGUGAACCAACAUGAAUUAGAACGAGAAAAUUGA